AUGAAUAAUUUUAAUAUUGAUAAAAAUAAAAAUCCAACUGUAGAUUCGUUAGUAAAAACUAUGUCUGUAUUAUUAAGAGACAAUAAAUGUAAUUUUAAUUUAGAAGAAAAUGAAGAACAAAGGGAUCAAGAAAAAAAAGAAGAUAAUAAACAAGACAGUAAAAUGAUAAACUGUUUGAUGGAAAAAUUAACAUCAAAAAAAUUUUUAGAAGAAAAAGAAACAAAAAAUAGUUUCUUUUUAGUACACAAUGAAAAUAUGAAAAUAAAAAAAUUAAAGGAGCAUGGACAUUCUGCUUCAUUAAAUGAUGAUUUGAGUCCAUUACAAUAUGAAAGAAUAAAAUAUACUCCAACACUACCAAAGGCAUUAUCAUGCGAAUAUCAAAUAUUAGAAGAAAAUUAUGGAGAUGAUUUUAUUAAUAAAGCUGAUUAUGAAGAAGUAAAGAAUUUUUUAAAAAAUUUAGAUAAAUUACCAAUGUUAAAUGUAAAAGAAACAAAUAAUGGUGAAUUGUUUAAAGGAGGUAAUAUAUUAAAAAUAGGAAUAAUAUUAUCAGGAGGUCCAGCACCAGGAGGUCAUAAUGUCAUAGCUGGAAUUUACGAUUAUGCAAGAAGAUAUAAUGAACAAUCUCAAGUUAUUGGAUUUUUAGGAGGAAUAGAUGGCUUAUAUAGUAAAAAUUACGUUAUAAUUACUGAUAAUAUGAUGAAUCGUUUUAGAAAUUUAGGUGGUUUUAAUAUGCUUUGGUCAGGAAGAGGAAAAGUAAAAAACAAAGAUGAUUUAAUUGCAAUUGAAAAUAUAGUUUCUAAAUUAAAGUUAAAUGGUCUGGUAAUUAUUGGAGGUGAUGGUUCUAAUAGUAAUGCAGCUUUAAUAGCAGAAUACUUUUGUGAAAAAAAAAUUCCUAUCUCUGUUAUAGGAGUACCAAAAACUAUUGAUGGCGAUUUAAAAAGUGAAGCUAUUGAAAUUAGUUUUGGAUUUGAUACAGCUACAAAAACAUAUUCUGAAGUUAUAGGAAAUUUGUGUACAGAUGUAAAAACAGGUCAUAAUGUAUAUCAUGUUGUUAGGGUAAUGGGAAGAUCAGCAUCUCACGUAGUUUUAGAAUGCGCCUUACAAACAAGACCCAAUAUUGUUUUAAUUGGAGAAGAAGUAGAGCAACAAAAUUUAUCUCUUAAAGAUAUUGUUAAGAAUAUUGUUAAUAUUAUUUUAAAAAGAAGGUCGUUAAAUAAAAAUUAUGGAGUUAUAUUAAUACCAGAAGGAUUAAUAGAAUUUGUUCCUGAAAUGAAAGUUUUGAUUGGUGAAUUAAAUAUGAUUUUAAAAGAGGGACCAUUUGAUCCAUCUAAAUUAAAAAAAUCCAAAGAAGUAUGGGAUUUUUUACCUAGUAUCAUUAGAGAACAAUUAUUGAUGGAUAGAGAAUCCACUGGUUAUAUUCAAGUAGGAAAAAUUGCCACAGAAAGGUUAAUAAUAGUCCUUGUAGAAUCUGAACUAGCCAAAAUGAAUGAUAAAAAUAUGAAUAUUCAAUUCAUGUCUCACUAUUUAGGUUAUGAGGGCAGAUGUGCUAUUCCAUCAAAUUUUGACUGUAAUUAUUGUUAUGCUUUAGGAUAUAAUGCAGCAUUAUUAGUAGAUCAUAAAAGAACAGGUUACAUGUCUAUAAUUCAAAACUUAGAAGAUAUAUAUAGCAAUUGGAUACCUGCAGCUAUUCCUUUCUUAAGAAUUAUGCAUGUUAACAAAGAUAACACUGGUAAAGAAUUUCCUGCAGUUAAAAGAUAUUUAGUGGAUCUAAAUAGCCCAUUAUUUAAUGUGUUAAAGGAAGUAAGAAGGUUAUGGUCUCUCUAUGAUUUAUAUAGAUCACCUGGUCCUAUUCAAUUUAAUGGUCAUCUUAGUAAUGCACGUUGUUAUACAGUAAAAAUUCCAACAAAAGAUGUUUUGUUGUGCCAAAACUCCGAUGAUUUGCAGUUAAUUAUAAAUUUAGCUAAUAAAAAUAACAAGGGAAACAAUAAUAAUUCAUUAGAAAAUGAUUUAGUAGAUGGAGAUUUAAAAUCAAAUAAUUCAUUUAAUUUAAAAAAAGAAGAUAAUCUAAACAACGAAGGAAUUUCUAAUGAUAUGAGAAUAGGUACAUCAUAUAAUAAUGAGUUGAAUAUGUCAAUUAAUGAAAAAGGGGUUCCAUUAAACAAUGCAGAAGAAGAUAGUGAGCUUAAUUUUAAUCCUGAUCAAGUGAAUAAAGAUUUCUAUGCAUUACAAUGUUCUAAUUAUAAAUCAUUAGGUUGUAUGUCAGAAUUGCAAACUUCAAGGUUAUAUAAUAAAUUAGAAUUACCAGAGUUAUGUUCUGAUUUAAAAGCAAAAGUAAGAGCAGGAAAACAAUACAUAUCAAAUGAUCCAUAUACACAAAAACAAAUUCUAUCUAAUUAUCCUCAUAUGUCUUAUGAAAAUAAAUUUCAAAUUCAAGAAAUAUUCCAUGAUAAAUAUGCAACCCCUAUAUCGUUUGAGAUUAAGAUAGGAAUUGUAUUUUUAUCGAGACAAGCUCCAGGUGCAAUGAAUGUGUUAUGUGGUCUUUAUAGGCGCUUAAAGUUAUUAAAGGGGGUAUGCAUAGCUUUCUAUGGUUUAUAUGGGUUGUUAAAUAAUAAAUAUGUAAUAAUAGAUGAUGAUAAUAUAGCGAAACACUUAAAUCAAGGAGGUUUAGAAUUAACUGGUAAUUCUCCAGAGCAUUCUCUAUUUGAUAAAGAAAAUAGAAAUAAAGUAUGCGAGACCGUAACUAAAUUGCAAUUAAAUGGAUUGGUUAUGCCUGGUUCUAAUAUUACUAUAACAGAAGCAGCAUUAUUAUCUGAGUAUUUUUUAGAAAAGAAAAUUCCAACUUCUGUUGUUGGCAUUCCUUUGACAGGUUCUAAUAAUUUAAUUCAUGAAUUAAUUGAAACGUGUGUUGGUUUUGAUAGCAGUACUAAGGUUUAUGCCUCAUUAAUAGGAAAUGUAUUAACCGAUGCUGUAAGUAUGCCUAAAUAUUGGCAUUUUAUUCGUUUAAUGGGAAGAUCACCAUCUCAUGAAGUAUUAGAAUGUGCCUUACAAACUCAUCCAAAUAUGGUUAUAAUAUCAGAGGAAUAUGGAGCUGCUGAUAAAACAUUAUGGAGAGUUGUUCAGGAUAUCGCUGAUGUAGUUUGUGCAAGGGCAGAAGUAGGAAAAAAUUACGGUACUAUAUUAAUACCUGAUGCAUUACUUAUGCAUUUACCACAUAUGAAAAUAUUAUUAUCAGAAAUUAGCGAUAUAUUAAAUGAAGCAUCCGAAAAAGGACAGUUAUCUGAAGCUAGAAAUGAAUUGGUGAAUUUAUCAAACACACAAAAUGGGGAAUCAUCUGUAUGGGUUCCAAAGUUGACACCUUGGAGUUUAGCAUUAUUAAAAACGUUUCCGCAGUUUAUAAUUAAAGAAUUGUUACAAGUAGAUUUAAGAUCUAUGCGUUUUGAGCAACUAGAAACAGAACAAUUAUUGUUACAGAUGGUUAAAGAAGAAUUACAUCAGAGAAAACAAAAAGGGAAAUAUUCAGGUAGUUUUAUGGGACUAACUCAUUUUUUUGGAUAUCAAGGUCGUUCUUCUUUACCAUCCGAGUUUGAUUGUAAGUUAGCUUAUUCAUAUGGUCACGCAGCUUCUAUAGUUAUAGAAAGUGGAUUAACAGGAUAUAUAGUUUCUAUAAGAGGUUUAUGUGGAAAUGUAAAGGAUUGGAAGUUAUUUGCUAUUCCUUUUAUUUCUUUAAUGAAAAUAUUACCUAGAGGACAAGAAAACAAAUAUUUAAAAAGUGCAUCUAAAGGUGAUUUACCUGUUAUACCAAGUGCUCCAGUUGAUUUAAACGGAAAAGCAUACAGAAGUUUAAAAAUUGCUUUACAAAAAUGGCAAAUGGAAGAUCGUUUUUGUAAUCCAGGACCUAUACAAUUUGAAGGAAAUGCAUCCAAUUACUAUAACCGAAUUUUAUUUGAAGAACAAUCAGAAUACUUUGAAAUGUUAAGAUACGUUGAAUGCUAUGCAAAUAUCUUAAAAGAUACAUGUCGCUUUGGAGUUUCAGCAGAUUACUUAAAAAAUGUCUUCGUGCAAUUAUGCGGUAUGCUAGUAUUAGCUUAUAAACCGAAUGAUAUUUUAUCAAAUAUGCCUUACAUUGGUAGUAUUGAGGAUUAUUAUGAUUGGGAAAAUCAGAGAAAAAGAAUGAACUAG